GCCUUGAAGGUUUAAAAAGUAUCCAAUUUCAUAGUAGAUAUCUGAAUCAGGAUUACCUGUACAUGAUGGAUUAACUUUACUUGUUCGUAAUCCAUAUUAAGUCGCUUCAAUUUCAAAUCAUUCUAUCAACAAUGGACAGAGAUACUAUGCUUGAGAACUUUUUGGCGUGUACUGGACUGACAGAUAUUACGUAUGGAAUAUCUGUACUGGAAGACCAUAAUUGGGAUUUAACGGCUGCUGUUUCCAGUAUUAUUGGUGACGAGUUUCCAGCUUCAUCACCACCUGCCCAAGAAGAUCAAUCUCUUCCAUACUCUACAGUUUUUCCUAUGCCUCCAUUUAUUGGACCUAUUUUUUCAUCUGAAGCAUCAACAGAUCGUAACCCAGCAACUCAAUCUGUUUCUGUCUCAACUAUGUGUGGUUUUGAUACUGAUUUCUCUGGGAGUGAUACAUCUUCAGCAAUUUCUCGAUCAGUUAUCGAGCUGGACAGUGAUCAAGCUACGUUUAAUUCUUGUCGACAAGUUCGUAUAUUGAAUUUUGAAAUUGAUUUGGAAUUACCUAUUGGGGAUGAUAUGAAUCAUGAGAAAAAGUUUGUGAAAGAAAGUUUUCCUUUUCCUGAUACAGAAACUGUUGGAUUUUUAAAACAACAUUUUAUUGAUUGUCGACUAACUGAGCUUAUACAAUUAGCAACAAGUCCAGAAUUCGAAACGAAAAUAACAGAAUAUAGUAAAGCAAAUCUUAUGAAACAUUUGGUUUUAGAGAGUUCUGGAUCUCAUUCAUUUGAUGAUAAUUCAGCACUCUUACGUACAUUACAUCUACCGAAAUGUAUUAAACUUCGAGCUAAACUCAUUGCAGAUCCUUUACCGCAAUGUGAUAAUUCAAAUCAACAAAAUGAACUAGUUACAUUGCAUAUUAGUUUAUGUGAAACACCGACACGAACCACAACAACAACGACUACCGCUACUACUACUACUCGUCGUAGUGGUAGUAGUAGUAGUAGUAUCGAUCGACCCGAAAAAUCAACUUCACCCUCUACUACCACUUAUCAUGAUUUACAUUUACCAUGUGAUGCAUUAAUCUCACAAAUACAUCAAGAUUUACAACAAAUCACAGGUAUCCCAAUAACAAAUCAAUUCUGGUCGUCUAUUCAAUCGAAAGCUAAUCGUCGUGUUCAUAGCAGGACUGAUGAUGUCCCAAUCCAUACUAAUAAACAAAUCGUGUCGAAUAAAGUAUUGAAUUUAUUAAUUCAUGAAUUAAAUCAACCUUAUUUCCAGCAACAACAACAGCCACAACAACAUUCGAAUAGACAAUCAUUUAAAAAUAAAUCCACCGCAUCAAUAAAACAUUCCAAUGUUCCAGCCACUAUGAUCCACACUACCACAACGAAUCAUAAUGUUUGUGUUGAUACAAAACAUAAAUCUAGUCAUAACAAUUGUUUAACAUUAGCUGAUUGUGGAUUGAAAUCAGGUGAUAUUUGUUAUUUAUAUUUAACCGCCUCAAAUCCACUGAAUCAGCAUAAAAAUUCAAGUAAAACUCAAUUGUCCAACAUUAAUAUUGAUGAUGGCGAUAAUGAUGAUGGUAUUCAUUCAGAAUUAGUGCAACAGCAACCAACAAAGAAGUCAUCACAAUCUCCUCUCGAUGAUGAUGGCGAUAAUGUUCCUAGUGGUUCUUUGAUCACCAGCACUAAUAAAACUGCUACUGAUGUGUUUCCCACUGACACAUUCACUAAAAAUAAAUCUAAUCGAAAAACUGCAUCAAAUUCUAAAAAACGUAGUUGUCGACGUAAUUUGUCUCCGGAAAUUGGAUUCGAUGAUGAAUAUGAUAAUGACAAUGAUGAAGAUGUUGAGAUUGUGGAACAGCAGCCGGAGCAGCAGGCAGAGGAAGACGAGGAGGAUGAAGAUUACGAUAUGGAUGAUUAUCAUUAUUCCAGUGAUGAAAUGCUUGUUGAAACUGAUGAUAAAAAGAUCACUCCGUGGAAUCAACCAUUAAUUCCUGAUGAUCUAAGCAUUGCUGAUCCAGAAUUGGCUACACAACAAUUUUGUAUAGUAUUUUUACAACGUUAUUGCAGUGAUGGUGUAACAAUGUCACCGCCAUUUUCUACAUGUAGCCUUGAUACUGCUUUAUCGUUAACAGUUGGUACUAGUCAAGUAUGCGAACGUAAACCAUUAUUUAUUUAUUUACACAAUGAUACAAGUGUAGCAUGUCAUGUAUUCUGUCAACAAGUAUUAUGUUCAUCGGGAUUAUUUCGUUUUCUAACUGAUCAUGAAUUUAGUUUAUGGCCAUGGGAUGUAACACGUACACGAGCUAAAGAACGUUUACUUGGUUGGCUUGAAGUGAAAUUGCCAAAUUUAUCAAGAAUUAUAACACCUUUAUCUGUAGAUAGUUAUCCAGUUCUAGCAAUGAUUGUCAAAUUAUCCGGUCAAUUAGAAGUGUUAUGUCUUGUUAUGGGUACUGGGAUUGUGAAAAUUUGGCCACCUAUCGAUCAUUUCCCAUCUUUAUUCAAUGUACAUAAUAACAGUAGUAGUAGUACUAGUGGUGGUGGUCGUUUCACAGCAGCAACCAUGACAACAACACCAUCUGCGCAAUCAAUGAAAGAUGAUGGUGAUUCUUCAGCAGUGACUAGUAGUAGUGGUAGUUUAAAACCGGAUGUUAUUGUUGCAGAAUUAUGGCAAGCUUAUACAACUUAUUUGGAAUUACUAGAACCGGAAUGUGUAACUGAACGUGAAAUUCUCGCUAGACGACGUGUCUUGGAAGAACAAGAAGCUGCCUAUGAAGAAUCAUUACGACGUGAUCAAGAAAAAGAAUGGGAACGUGCUAAAGCUAAAGCAGAAGAAGAGAAACGUAAACAACUUGAAGAAGAAAAACGUAUCAAUGAUGAAUUGUUAGCUGAACAACAUCGUUUAUCUAUGGCUGCUAGUUUACCACCGGAACCGCCUGUGCCAAAAACACCAGCUGCUGAAGCAUUUCUAUCCACACCCGAUGGUGUGGAUGGUAUUGCAACAUUACGUUUUCGUCUACCACCUUCUUCUCAAUGUUCUGCCGAUUCAAAUCGUACACAGAGUACCAUGAUACGACGUUUCGCUGGUUCUAAUGCUUUAAAAUAUGUAUUUAUAUUUAUGGAAUCAAAAGGUUUUCCUAAAUCAGAUUAUAAACUCAUUACUACAUAUCCAAUUCGUGAUUUAACUUUACUAGAUGAAAAUAUGACAUUGGCUAAAUUAGGUCUUGUUCCACAAGAAACACUUACUUUGGAAUUACGUUGAAGGAAUAAUAUUCAUCCCAUAUGUAACAAAAAUGCAUACAUACACAUACAUACAUACAUACGAUGUAAUGGUUGUAAAAAACAAGGAGUUUUUUCGUCUGUUUAUUAUUACUAUUUUUUUCUCCCGCACAUGCAAUAUUGUACAUUUUGCACACGCACACACACUCACACAUCUACGUACACACAGAAGCGCUCGUACACAACACGUCCAUGCGGUCAACGAUGAAUACACUAUUCUUUCAUGUUUAUUCAACUUGUUUUUAUUUGAAUCUAAUUCAACCAGUCAAUCAGUGAACAUUGUAUUUAAUUCAAUAUUUUACACAUACAAUGACGGCGACAACAUCAACCGACAACGCUAACGCCAUGAUGCAAUACAUACAUAUUGUUUGGUGUACAGUAAUCAACACCAUGUUGAUUCAUCUAUCACUUUCUUCAUUGCGCUCUCUUCAUCUCCCUACUCUUUCUUCUAUUUCUGUCCACUCUCUCUAUAUGUUUGUGUGUGAAGACUGAAAAAAUGAAAUCCCAUGCACACAUAGACACGUACCCUACCCUACCCUAAUGACUAUCAAACUUAUUUGCACUUGUUCACCAAUGUUGUAUGUGUGUGUGUAUGUGCGUGCGUGAUCGUUCGUUUGGUUUGAUUCGUUUUUGAAUUGUCUUUAAUUUUCACAAUUUCUUUCUGCAAAGUGUUUUCCAUUUUAUCCAUCCUCUCUACAUCAUACAUGAGAGAUUUUAUCCUUUUUUGGCGGGGUUAGUUGGUUGGUUGGUUUCCCAUACUUUGGGCAUCUCUAUUUCUUUCUUAUGUCCUCUCUGUGUGUGCUUGUUUUCCAUUCGGGAAAAAAUGAGAUUAUAACUUAUUGACUUGACCAAUCACAUUUAAAGAUGAUGUACGUGUGUGUGUAAGUCUUGAAUUUCUCGACAUGGAGUCGAUCCAUCAUCAACAUCCUUCCCUCCCAUAGUUAUAAAUAAGUAUGUGAUGUGUUUGUACUCAAGGUUAGCUAUGGUUGUUCCUCAAACAAUUGUCCAUCAAUUGCAUUCUCACCUGCGAACUAGUUUAUGUCUAAUGUCAAACAAACGAUAUGAUUGAUUGAUUGAUUCUUGACAGGAAAGCGCUUGAUUUGGAUUGUAUCUUAUUUUGACGAAAUUGUUCAAAGUAAAUUCAUUGAGAUCGAAUAUAAAGUUAUGUGAUCUUUGUUUGUUUUUUUUUUACUGAUUGAUUUAAAAGUUUCUUUCUGAAUAAGAACCAUAAAUCCUAUUGUGCAUUGUUUGCACACACACAACACACAAACAAACACAUGUUCAAUGCUUUGUUUAUAUCGAUUAACUAAAUACAUAAUAUAAACGCGGUUGUUUAUA